AUGCCCACAAUAUCACCAUCUUCUACCUCUGAUCCUGCAACUUCUUCAUUUAUCCCUGGAAAAAUGGCUACAAAACCUCCGGUUGAGAUAGGGACGAAAGGAACAGUCGGGUCACUCAUAAUCCAAGAAAUCGAGUACUUCAACAGGCUCGAAAUCCCAGUAGCAGCUCAAACACGCAAAAAUGGCAGACACACUAAGCCAAGAAGAAAGAACAGGUUCGUACCAAGCAUGUGUUCAGCCAUCGAAGUGGAAAAUUACAGUGGUACGUUACAAAAACCCUAA